AGUCAGACGAUCUGUGCGCAACUAAAGCAUCUUAUCAUGUCCAGUAACGAUGAUCAGGAAGAACUGAAGCCUACCUUUACCCCAGGUUACAAACCUGGCGCUGCAAAAUCUGCAGAUGAAUACGCGAAACUGGAUGCCGAAGACGAGAGCUUAGCUCGUUGGAAAGCAUCGCUUGGGAUCGUUCCAGGCGCGGGAGACAACACAAGUGGUCCCAAAGUCACCGUUUUGACUCUUGAGCUUGCAUCGCCUACCUUGCCACCGGGGAAGAAGAUCGUUUUCGAUCUGAAAGACACGGCGAAGCUGGCAGACACCAAGAAGAACCCUGUUAUAAUCAAGGAAGGAGUUGAGUACAAUGUCCGAAUCACCUUCAAAGUAAACCAUUCCAUCAUCUCCGGUGUCCGGUACAUGCAACUCGUCAAGCGAGCAGGAGUGAAAGUCGAUAAGAUGGAGCAAAUGCUGGGUUCUUACGGCCCGUCGCCCAGCGGGGAACCUUACACAAAGAAUUUUGACCCUGAGGAGUCACCAUCUGGUCUGCUGGCUCGUUCUGGAUCCUACAACGUUCGAAGUCGCGUGGUUGACGACGACGGGGAGGUAUACGCAGAUUCAGAUUGGGAGUGGACCUUCAAGCUUGCGAAAGAAUGGGCUUAA